AUGGCGGUAGUUGCGGAGGCAACGUCACCGACGGAGGCAAAGGCGGAGGAGAGAUCUCUGGAGGAGUGGUGGCCGGCUGAUGGCGGAAGGGCCGGUCAUCUGGUUGCAGUUCGGAGAUGCAGUAGGGGAGGCAGCGUCGUGUGUGUUGAAAGAGAAGAGGGGACUGGGAAAAGUGAAGGGCAAGCUUGGAUAGGAGCGUAGAGGGAAGAGAUGUAUAAGAACCAGCUGCAAGAGCUGGCCCAGAGGAGCUGCUUUAAUUUGCCGUCGUAUACCUGCAUAAGAGAAGGUCCAGAUCACGCUCCGCGGUUCAAGGCGGCUGUUAAUUUCAACGGCGAGACGUAUGAGAGCCCUAACUACUGCACGACUUUGAGGCAGGCGGAGCACUCUGCCGCGGAGGUGGCUCUUAAUGAACUUGCGUGUCGAGGUCCUUCUAAUUCUUUGGCUGCUAGGAUACUGGAUGAAACCGGGGUGUAUAAGAAUCUUUUGCAAGAGGUUUCUCAAAGGGUAGGGGCGUCAUUACCAACAUACACAACUUUUAGAUCAGGCCUUGGCCAUUUGCCUGUUUUCACCUGCACUGUAGAAUUGGCUGGUUGUAUAUUUACAGGAGAACCAGCCAAAAACAAGAAACAAGCUGAAAAGAAUGCUGCCAUGUCAGCAUGGUCUUCUCUAAAACUCUUAACACAGCAAUCAGAAAGCUUGGCAUUGCAAAAAGGAAACACAGAAGAGCAAGAGCAUGUUAUUGUGGCACGUGCUUUACAAAAAUUCAGAUUAAAAGCUAGAAUGACUAAUAUACCCUUCCCAAUCCGUUUUCCAGUUCCAAAACCAAAAACACACUCCACACAACCUCCUCCCUCCACAACUUCAAAAAUCCUUCCUUUAAUUUGCCCCAAAAUGGCUCAAACCCGUCGAAAAGACAAUAACGCCCCUCAAAAGCAAUUUGGAGUUCCCACCACCAACGAACUGUCACCAUCACCGUCACCGCCACCGCCACCGGACCACCGCGUGCACAAGUUUCCGGCGAUCGGAGCCGCACCGUAUAUCCCUGUCCGGCACUUCCGGCCGACUCACUGUGGAAUCGCGCCACCGGUGACUAUCCGCAACACGAUCCCCGUCUUCUCCGCUCCGCCACUUCCGCCGCCACGUAUGGCCGGAGCACCGCCGCAGUUUGGGAGGCCGCCAGCUAUGUGUGGCGGUGGAGGUGGAGCACCUCCGGUCACCAUCCGACAGGCGGUUCCUGCGUUCUCGGGUUCUGAAUCGAAGGAGAAUGUUGGAGCUUCUGUGAUGAAGCCGGUUGCCAUGUCAGCAUUAGUGACAGAAGAUAAAGAGAGUAAAAGUAAAUUAGCAGAGACUACAACAGGAAAUGAAGAGGCUAGUAUUAGCAAGUCGCUAGAGCCUGGAUUUAAGGGGCUACAAAUUUAAAGGGAAAAAAAAAAAAAAAAAAAG